AUGAAGACCAUACAAUCUUUUUCUCUUUUCUUAUGCAUGGUUUCUUUCACGGCUGCUGCCCCCCGAAAACACCACCAAAACCCUUCUGCCACAGCAACCACCGCUGCUGUUGCUACAGUCAGGACUGCUGGUGCUGCUGCCGCCGGAAAUGCCGCUUCAGGCUCCACGACCGUCACGAGAGGCUCCCAGACUCUGGUUUUGUUCGAAGUCAACGGGGUCCCUGGAAACGAGUGUUUGACUUUCCGCAAUAAUGGUGAGAUCGUCGACGCCGCCUGUGUCAAUACCUCAUCAGACCGACAAAUGACCCCCUCCACCGUGGGAAACCAGAACGUCCUCCUUGUUCAGCGUUCCUUCACAGCCGGUUUCCACCCAGACCUCGUAAACGUGCAGGCCUGCGUCGGCUUCAACGGCACAGAUUUCCUGGCCCAGGACUGCGCUACUCCGAAUAUAGAUUUUGUCUCGUUCACUGGCGGUGAACUGAAGAGUGCAAGUGGUGCUUGUCAGAGUGGACACGAUAGUCUGGCGCAGAUUACUGUUGAUCCGACGGGGCAGACUUGUGCGACUUUUACGAGUACUGUGGUUACGCCUGCGACGAGCUAG